AUGGCCGGCCCCCAGGCAAAGUCCUUCCAGACCAUCGACGCCGCAGAAGUCGUCGCCAUGUUGAGCCCCGCCGAUCUGCGCCUGGUCGUGAGCGUGUUUUUCCACUUGCCUUCCGCGGUCAGCGUCGACUGGGCUAGUGUCGCCCAGGCCGCAGGCAUUGAGGACCUCUCGGAUGCACAGUACCACUACCACCAGCUCGGGGCCGAACACGCGCCCAGGACAACAUCAACUCUACGACAGCCCGUGCCUCAACAGUGCCCCAAGCCUCCACAAUACCCCGAGCCUCGACGAUACGGCGUGUGUUCAGGAUACGGCGUGUCUCUACGAUACACCGAGUCCUCAGGAUACGCCGCGUCUCCACGAUACACCGUGUCUUCAGGAUAUGCCGAGCCUCCACGAUACACCGUGCCUCCACCACUCCCACCGCCCCCUGGCUCCUAG